AUGGAGAAGCUGCAGAAAGAGCGUGAUAAACUCCUUCUCUAUGCUUUGCAGAACCCACCACCGCAUGUAACGGUUAUUCUGCCGCCUCGCUCAAAUCCAUUGACGGAACUUGACUUAUCGCAAAUGGAAUCUCCACUACCUCUCUAUACAACUGCAUCUGAAAGUAAACCAAUGAUAAUUAAAGUGGAAGGAUCACCACCAAUGUUGACGAUAAGCGAAGGUAGACGUACCAGUACCAGCUAUGAUAAUGAUCACUACAGCAGUGGUGGGAGUAGUGGUGGUCACAAAGUAAAACGAAGAGGUGUAGAAAGAUUCUCAAGUUUUAUGGCAAAUUUACUUCGAAACGUACAAGGACAAAGUAGCGCUAAGGAGGCGCCUGUAGGGAGUUCCAGAGAUACGGUUAGUAGUUUCUUUUACCCAGCAGAGAAACAUAGACGGAACAGUGCGGGAGAACAUAGACUUCUUUCAAGAAGUCUAGUCGAUGGUUCCUCUAUAUUUUCUUCAGAAAAACCCCAACAUCGCAAUCCUUUGCCAAUUGAAGGACUACAUGAGUUUACAAUUACUGAGUAUAUUGCUCCAUAUUUGACAAAUGAUGAUUACCCUGCACGUGAUCCACUAAAGUUUCCUGACCCUCCAUCUAUUGAGUUAUGUCCUGUAAUUGAAAAUGACGUACUUAAUGAUUUUGGAGAGAAUUACGACAAACAGAAUGUGUUAUUCUAUGAACACAUAUUACUUGGUGUUGAUGUUUUUAUUGGACCACAGGCUAUGCGUUAUGAGAAAGAGGUAUGUUCUGGAUUUCUAAAAGCCUUUAAUAUUAGCGAUGCGCAACAUGUUCGUAGUCUUCAAAACCUUAAACAACUAACAUUAGAUCGACGUGAUUUACCUAUAUCUAUUGAUAUUACAACUAUACAACGUCUAGUUGAUACUAGCGUAGAUAAAGAAUUUGUACAACGAAUGAAAAAAAUACUACGUAUUUCCCGCAAACAUCCAGAUACCCCCGGUGGAAAUGAAUAUCCACUGGCAUUACGUGCCUUCAUCUAUGCAGGAGCGUUAUGCCCACUUUAUAAAAUUGACACACGUCGUGGUGGAGAAACUCUACUGCAAGAAGAACAGGUGAGUUAUACACUGACAGCAUUACGAAGAAAACUCGGUAUAUCAAGUGCCCUUGAUCCAUUUUGUCGUUUGCAUGCUAGACUUCUUUCAAUGGAUGAAAAAGCUGAAUUGGAACGACAACGUGCUUUUCUUAAAGAGAUUGCGACAGCCGUAAACGCAUUGUCAAGAUCAACUCAAUCUCUUGGAAAAGUACCACUCACACCAGAAACUAAAUAUAAAUUAUACAUACUUCAAGAGAUAUUUGAACUAUGUUGUAUACCAAUGACACUUAUUAGUGCUAUUAACUCUGAACAUACUAUUAUUUGUGUAUCGGCACUAUUUCUAGAAUCUUGCGUAUCCUUACCUUCAGAAUUUCUAUCAGUUUAUGUACGAAUAGAUGGACGUCAAAUUUUACCACCAACAAGUUCAGUAGAUGACUUUCUACUUGUAUUACUUAUGGUUUUUGUGGGGCGCUCUGUUUUACGCACUUUUAGUAGUCCAAAGUUUCUAAUGAACUCUGCUGAACCACCGCAACAACUUUUAGAUAAAUUGACAAGUGUAGGUGAUCGAGCCCGUGCGUAUUGUGAAUUACUCUCGCAUAGUGUUCAACAUGCCGUUGUUCUUAUUUUGCCUGGAAUUUCACUUGCAGCAUCGCAUGUUAUUGCACAACAUUGGGCAAAGGCUAUACGUGGAGACAAAACACCUGAUGAUUUCGUUGAAGGGAUAACAGCUCUUCUUUCUUUUCUUGCUAAGUUUUCUUCCCCUGGUGUAGAAAAUGAUAAAGAGAUGAGUCGUGCUUUACUUUCUAGUACACGUCGUCAACUUUCAUGGAUUGCUCCAUUAAUUGAAAGGUACGACUAUUCUGUUAGAGAACAGGUGCGACAGAAACUACGAAAGGCAAAAUUGAGCCUUCAGGAUGUUGGGCACUUCACACGUGAUGCUCAGUUUCUUGUAGUGGCUUUAGUAGAGGAAAUUGUAGCACCUAUGCCUUCACCACUUUUGUGGUGGGCACAAGAAUUAGUUUUUCAACGUCUCUCUUAUGUAUCCGAUUGUAUAAAUGAUACCGCUGGAUUAGUAAAAGGUCGUUUUGUGCAUCCUAAUAUUCAAAACGAGGGAAUUACACAACAAAGUGGGUACAUACAAGAGUAUAAGAGAUUACUAGAACUUGGCGAAAAGAUGUCUGUACCUCCUCUGUCAUUAGAUGAUAUUACAUUACGUUUGAACUCUCUCUUUGUUUUGAAGAGUGGAUGGAAACGAUACUUGGCAUUUACUAAAGAGGAUUACCGAUUAGUGCGUGGAGUUACAGGAGUACCUGCUAUUUCCUUUGAACAUCUUGUCAGGUCUACUGGAGAGCACCUUGCAGAAAUGGUGUUUGCUCUUUGUGAAUAUGCUGCUGUUGCUAUAAUUCGAGUGGAAAUUGGAAGUCUUCUUUUUGAAAAAUUCUUGAAAACAGAUAUGCGUCUCCUUCGAUCUAUGAAAACAGAUAAAACUUCUGCAUCAGGGCGUCGUCAUUUACCCCGAGAAUUUCCUGAUGUUACAAUGAAACUUAUUUUACAAAAGUUAGAAAGUUCAUUUGGUACGCUUGCGGAACAACUUAGCGACUCCACUAUGGUAAGAGAAGUACGCACAAGAGCUUUACUACAUUUCGUUGCGUCCCUGUUUUAUGUAUUCCUUGAAGGUACACACGAUCGUCUAUUUUGCCCAGAAGAGGUGGAUUCUAUUCUAGAAGAUUUAGACAAUGUAGAUGCUUUUAUCCAGAGCUUCCAAACAACAGAAUCCGAUGUAGAUAAGAAGCAUCAUCCUAUUGUACAUAUCCGGGAGUUGCUGCAGAACUUGAGGCAAAUUGUUCGCUAUUGUUUUUCACAGACAACUUCUGUUCUCACGGAUGGUGGAGAGGGGGUUCCACCCUUUGCACAGCUUCCAGAAACCUCUGGUACCUCUCCGUGGUGUAAAUAUAUUGUUCGGCGCGUCCUUGACCACCGAAAUGAUAAAACACGUAGGUUUUCCUUCAUUACUCACAAUUUUUUUCGAAGAGAUGAAGCAUAA